AUGGGAGCAACAACUGCUAUAGUUAUUGUGGUUCAAUAUUUCGAAUUUCCAUCUAGUAGAGUAUUGGUCUCUCUUUUCUCUGCUGUCAAUGAUAGAAAAUUCCUGUCCAGAAAUUCAUUGAUAGAUUUGAAAGCUCUAAGUGACGUGACACUUUCAAAUGGUUUAAACAUAACCAACGCAGGUAUACUUCAGGAGACAACAAACAAAGGUGAAGCCUCAGACAAUAAGCAAGAAACAGUCGAAAUGAUCUUGCAAACCAAGACAAAAUUCGAAUCCAGAAAUAUUAUCAAAUCCAGAAAAGAGGCUACUCGUUGGCAAGAAAUGAAGGAGCGAGAGAUGGUGGAGGAAGGAGAGAAAGACGAUGGAUGA